AUGCUGUUGAUUGUAGCUACUGUAAUGCUGUGUCGGACUCUGGAUGCUUACUCAAAUAGUAGAGAACUUCCACAGCCUGAUUUUGAUAGGCCAAAACAAAAAGAAUCUCAUCACUUAUCCAGACUGUUGAUACAGUAUUGUGAAACAUCGCAUAGUCAAACAGAGGCUAAUGUUGCACAGAGUGCAAAAUUCUGGCUGCCGGCUAAAGGAGGCUCGGUCUCAGACGGGCUUCAGGCAAACUGGUUCAGGUUCCAAUCUGAGGUAGCAAUCGAACGGCACAGAUCACCCAAUCCCUCCAACAGCGAACGGCCCAGAUCAUUGGGACAUAACCAAGCCCUAACCAUCCCGGUUCCCCACAUAACACCCAGAAGGAAGCGUUCCAAAGCCUCGGAGCAAAACCUAGCGGCCGCGGUUCCCUGUACCCUCGUGUUCCACUCCUUCGAUAGCCCUGGUUUCAGCAUCGCGAAUUCUACGACUGGGUGCCAGAAGAAGCUUGAGAUCGUUGACGAUCAGAAGCUGAUCACUUUCUGUCUGAAAAUGGAUGCAAGACACUCAACCGAAAUGUUUAAACAUCUGGAGAAGCAAAGUGAAGUCCUUAUGGAAGCCUAUCGUGCAAUGUCCCAUGAGCUACAUAGACUUCAGGUGGAAGAAGAAAUGCUUAUGCACAAACUGUACGAACUCAUGUCUGCUGAAGGCCUAAUUAAAAAGGGGAAUAAAGGUGAAAGUAAUACAAAAAAAGGUGAAAGUAUGUCCCCACAGGCACCUUGAUAAACUGGAAAAUCACCCUGGUACUGUCUCGUUCCUCAGGCUUUCCUUUCAUAAGGUGCAACCAUUGAAAUUAAGCUGCUGCCACCAGCUCAUCACUGCAUAGCUUUUGCACUCUGAGGAAUCAAUUGUCAUAAUCAUCAAGUAGGCUAACCUGUGUGUUCCCAAAAGUGAUAUAUUUCUUAUUUUCUUUUUGAGGAACAAAGGGAGUGCAAGAAAAGGAGGACAAAUUUAUCAACUGAAAGCAAUGAUAAAAAUCUUUAAUCAAAUGA